AAACCGAGAUACCCCACAACUAGUAUUCUACCAUGUCCGACGCCAACUCCGCCUCCAAUCCCAACAUUCUUAGUCUCGUUCUCACUCCCAACAAUCCAGUUAAUACUACACUUGCUACCGAAGAGGGCAAGGUGUACUAUACUGUAUUCACGGAACAUACGAAGAAAGCGUCCAUCACCCAAGUCCGAGAUGCGAACGAGGAAAUUGUAGGAUCUCUGGAAUGGAGGGAUACUCUCCCUGAUAAGGUUACCUAUGGCCGUAACAAGACUGUGUCGAUAUGGGAUUGGAUGAAGAAGAGUAUCGUCCCAUUUAAGGAUGACAUCUCAUUCUCUGACGAUCAGAAACGGACAUAUAAGUGGAAAGGCAAUUCUGCUGGACGUGCUCUCGAGCUUUGGGCCUCGGACUCGACGGCUGCAAUCGCAUUCUUCCACGCACCUCGUCGUCUUCCCAAUCCGGAAGACAAAUCACUACCUCCAAUUUGGACGAAGGCGAAGCUCGUACUCGAUACUCGAGCACAAGAGAUCCAAGACCUUGUUGUGACGAGUUUCCUGUUCUUGGAGAAGAACAGGCGGACGAAUGAGACCACGAGUCAGAAUGCAGCUGAUGUUCGCGGUGCUCCUCCGCUCAGUGGGCUCAAUCCUUUAGGAGAUUACAAGGUUAGAAAUGGUGGGGUUGGCAGAUAGUGCUAUACAUGUGGCGCUUGGCGCAGUGGUAGCGCGAAUGCUUUGCAUCGUUAAGGAUGUUAGGCCUGUGGGGCUUGAACGUUGAAUGAUGUGCAUUAGGUCGAGGGUUCAAACCCCUCAGCGUCCAUCAGAUAAUGUCCAGAAAUGCUUUUU